AUGCAGCCCUACGUCCAGGAAAAGCGUCAGCACUCCCCCUCCAUCUUCGUCCGCACCGCGUCCGGCGAAGGCUGGCAGCGCAUGCCCAGUCCCUCCCCGGAAUCGCCCUCGUCCCCCCUGCAGUCGCCCUCUUCCUCGCGACCCGGCUCGCGCGACCGUCCCUCGAGCCCAUCGGACGUUCACACCGCGGUCUCGAAGCUUAUCGCACUCGUGAAGCAGCUGCAGGACGUCCUCCACUCGUGGGGCCUGCGCCACGCCAGGGAGGAGCAAGUCAGCGACGCGUUCGUGCUCGUCGGGCAGCAGUUCAACACGACCGUGAAUGUGCUGUGGCGGCACAAGGUCGACAUGAGUGACAUGAUCCACAUCAUCGUCGACCUCCGCGAGGUGCUCGAGAACUGCCUCGGCGAGGAGCCCUCCCCCCACGCGCUCGACCGGUACAUGCCCCAGGUCCGCCGCGUCGUGUACGAGCUGCUCGUCGGGCUCCGCAGCAAGCAGGGCCCGUACUGGAACUCCGUGUACGCCGGGGGCCAGCGACGGCAGACCCCCGGGCUGGAGCGGCAGUCGGUGUGA